AUGACAGAGACAAACCUGACGCUAGAAGAAUGGCUGGACGAUCUUUGUGUCCGUUUUAUAAUAAAUCUCCCGGAGGAUGAUCUCAAGGACAUUCCUCGAAUAUGCUUCCAGGUCGAAGAAGCACAAUGGUUCUACGAGGACUUUAUUCGGCCUCUCAACCCAUCACUUCCUUCCAUGUCUCUCCGCAAUUUCUGUCUACGGAUAUUCGCCCAUUGUCCUCUGCUAUCACCUUUCUCUCAAGGACAUCAUAUGCGAGCUUUCGAAGAUUUCCUGGCGUAUAAAACACGGGUUCCGGUGAGAGGCGCGAUUAUGCUCAAUGACAAUAUGGAUUCGGUCGUCUUGGUGAAAGGCUGGAAGAAAGGCGCUAGCUGGAGUUUCCCGCGAGGCAAAAUCGCCAAAGACGAGGAUGACUUAACAUGUGCCAUCCGUGAAGUGUACGAGGAAACCGGUUUCGACCUGCAAGCCGCAAAUUUGAUGCCCGAGGACCGAGACGUCAAAUCUAUUGAAGUCAGCAUGCGUGAACAACAAAUGCGGUUGUUCGUUUUCAGGAAUGUGCCCAUGGAUACCCAUUUCCAGCCUAGGACACGGAAAGAGAUCAGCAAGAUACAGUGGUGGCGAUUGUCAGAACUGCCAGCAUUCAGGAAGAAGGGCCAGCAACAACCGGAGGCCCCUUCAAACUCCAAUCCAAACAAGUUCUAUAUGGUUGCCCCAUUUCUAGUGCCACUCCGGAAAUGGAUUAUCGAACAAAAAAAGAAGGAUGCGAAGCGAACGACGAGCAAUCAAUACUUGUCAGCUGGGAUGAGCCAUGAUGAGAUCUUGACAGAGGAGGAUCAGGGAGCAGAGUCGAUCGCUCAGCCAUCUUCCUAUGGAAAACGUCCUGCUCCAGAACUCGACACAUUGGAGGGAGCAACCGCUGCGCUGAGUCGUCUUCUCAAGAUUCAACCUCCAACUGAAGGACUGCAACCUGAAGCGACUUCUCAGCCAUCGGCAGCAAAGAAUUCCGGAGAAGCGUUGCUUGCUUUACUGCAUAGCAAGCCGACAACAAGUGACCAGUCAACCCCAAUCAAUGCACCCCAACACACGCCCUUAGAGUAUGCAACCAUGCAGCCACCGAUGCCUGGGAGGCCUCAUCACCCCCAUACGCGUCCUCCAAACAUUCCGAGCAUGCCACCACCGCCAGCGUUCCCAGUUCAAAAUUCUUUCACCUACCGCGAUCCGAGUUCCCAGAAUGGCCACCAUACAGGCCAUAUUGCAGACUUUCAGCCAUCCCGUAAUGGAGACUCACAAAAUCUUCCAAGGGCUCAAGAGAAUCUGCGUCCUUAUCAGCCACAUCUUAUGCACCCUCAACCUCUGCCACCUCAUGUACAAAGGGCCGUUUUUACAGGUGGGCCUGUACAUUCACCGGCGAUUCCACAACCUGUUCAGCAACAUCAACCACAUGUCCAUCCAUCCUCUACUGUCUCAGUGACGGUGAGUAAUCCUCAGUUCCCUGGCCUCCAUGCGCCAAUGGUUCCAUCCUCGAUUACCCAGACUCCGGAGCUGCCCAAUACAAUAGCCCAGGCUCCUCCGGCUCCAGAACUUACGAGUCACUCCCUAGCACUCCUUAAUGCAUUUAAAGGCAGAGAUCAAGCUAGUAGUGGUUCUUCUGUUUCCAAAGAGCUCCCUUUACGAGGAUAUGCAGAAGAUCCAGCAGCUCCACGGACUCACCUACAAGAACUCCCUGCGGGCGAAGCUCACCGUCCUUUGGCAGCUGGGCCCUCUACUGGGAUGCAACCGAACACCACGGUAUUGUCGCCCGGCACACUCCCGCCACGACAAUCUAUUAGUGACUCACAAAGGUCGGCUCUCCUGGGAAUUUUCAAGAGUCCAACAGCCCAGCCAGCAUCACUAUCAAAAUCCUUCGCUGCGAAUGCACUUCCUACCACUGGGACGCCCUCCGCAGUCGAGCUAUCUGCCGUAGAACCUCUCUCUACCAAUGCCCCGACGACCUCUGUUUUACUUAACGAUAAACGAACUCCAGAUCACGUGGCAAAUAUUAGAAACAUGACUGUGCCAAAUCCAGAAUCCAACCGAGCAUUCAGGCCCAUGUCAAUUCUAUCCCGUCCUCAACAAGUGAAAAAUGAGGAAGUCCAAACGAAAGCGUCAUCAGAGCUCACAGGCCAGUCCGUGUUGAAUGGGCCCGCAACGAGCACGAAUGCCAAUGGGCAGGCAACUCAGUCUCAAGGAAUGCCAUUCAAGCCCCAAAUUCUGAAACGACCUUUGCCUGGCCCCUCGGGAGUGCCACAAUUCUCAUCUGUUAUUUCUCCCUCUGGCCCUACCUCGCUUCCGAAGACAUCUCCAGACCGCCGUCCAAUCCAAUCCACAGAUCAGAAACAAACACUACUUUCUUUAUUCGGUAAACCCCAACCGACCGCACAUUCUCCCCAACCGACCGCACAUUCUCCCCAACGACAGGAUGGUUCGUCUUUAGGGAAUCCAAUGGAACUGCCUGCUAAAGCUGCAGCAAGAUCUAGAGUAGGCAGUCUUGCAUCUGGUGAUGGGGAUAUCUCGCGCCGUGGGAGUAAAGACUCUAUAUCACCAGCGGAUAAAGGCUUUUUGUUGAGCUAUUUAGAUGCUGUUGCUAGCGGGAGUCAACGGUAA